UGGCGCCUGUGUCACACCGCCGGUCCCAGCUGUCUGCGUGGGGAGCGUAGGUGGCGGGAAGUGGAGCCUGCGCAGGCAGAGACUGUGUGCCUCUGUCAAGAGGCAGGCAGCAGUGGAGAGGAGGAAAACUUUGUCCUUGGCAUGUGACACAUUCCACACCCAGCGUGGUACUGAGGCCAGCACGGGGCAGCGGCACAGGGAAGCGUCGGGGGAGACUCUCUGGGUCAAGCCGUCGCGCUGUCAGUAGCCGCGGGCUCUACUCAGCUGCUCCCCUCCCCAGGAACCCUGGAGGAGCCUCCAUGGCUUCUCCCACCUCCACCAAUCCAGCACACGCCCACUUCGAGAGCUUCCUGCAGGCCCAGCUGUGCCGCGAUGUGCUGAGCAGCUUUCAGGAGCUGUGCGGUGCUCUGGGGGUGGAGCCCGGUGGAGGGCUGCUCCAGUACCAGAAGAUCAAGGCCCAGCUCAACUACUGGAGUGCCAAGUCGCUGUGGGCCAAGUUGGACAAGCGAGCCAGCCAGCCUGUGUACCAGCAGGGCCAGGCCUGUGCCGGCACCAAGUGCCUGGUAGUGGGCGCUGGGCCCUGCGGGCUGAGGGCUGCUGUGGAGCUGGCCCUGCUGGGGGCCCGAGUGGUGCUGGUGGAAAAGCGCACCAAGUUCUCUCGCCACAAUGUCCUGCACCUCUGGCCCUUCACCAUCCAUGACCUGCGGGCACUCGGUGCCAAGAAGUUCUACGGGCGCUUCUGCACUGGCACCCUGGACCACAUCAGCAUUCGGCAACUGCAGCUGCUUCUGCUGAAAGUGGCAUUGCUGCUGGGGGUAGAAAUUCAUUGGGGUGUCGCUUUCACUGGCCUCCAGCCUCCUCCCAGAAAGGGCAGUGGCUGGUGUGCCCAGCUCCAGCCCAAUCCCCCAGACCAACUGGCCAACUAUGAAUUUGAUGUCCUUAUCUCGGCUGCAGGAGGGAAAUUCGUUCCUGAAGGCUUCACAGUUCGAGAAAUGCGGGGCAAACUGGCCAUUGGCAUCACAGCCAACUUUGUGAAUCGGCGGACGGUAGAGGAGACACAGGUGCCCGAGAUCAGCGGCGUGGCCCGGAUCUACAACCAGAAAUUCUUCCAGAGCCUGCUCAAAGCCACAGGGAUUGAUCUGGAGAACAUUGUGUACUACAAGGACGACACCCACUACUUUGUGAUGACAGCCAAGAAGCAAUGCCUGCUGCGGUUAGGAGUGCUCCGCCAGGACUGGCUGGAGACUGACCGGUUGCUGGGAAGUGCCAAUGUGGUAUCCGAGGCUCUGCAGCGCUUUGCUCGGGCAGCUGCCGACUUCGCCACCAACGGCAAGCUGGGGAAGCUGGAGUUUGCUCAGGAUGCUCACGGGCGGCCUGACGUCUCUGCCUUUGAUUUCACAAGCAUGAUGCGGGCAGAGUGUUCUGCUCGUGUACAAGAGAAGCAUGGUGCUCGCCUGCUGCUUGGACUGGUUGGGGACUGCCUGGUGGAGCCCUUCUGGCCCCUGGGCACUGGAGUGGCCCGGGGCUUCUUGGCAGCCUUUGAUGCAGCCUGGAUGGUGAAGCGGUGGGCAGAGGGCACUGAGCCCCUAGAGGUGUUGGCCGAGCGUGAGAGCCUAUACCAGCUUCUAUCGCAGACGUCCCCGGAAAACAUGCACCGCAACGUGGCCCAGUAUGGGCUGGACCCAGCCAGCCGCUACCCCAACCUGAACCUCCGGGCUGUGACCCCCAACCAGGUGCGAGACCUGUACGACGUGGUGGCCAAGGAACCUGUGCCAAAGAAGAGUGACAAGCCUGACACGGGGAAUCUGACCGCUGGGUCAGCAGACACCCAAGAGGAGCUGCUGCGCUGGUGCCAGGAAAAGACGGCCGGGUACCCAGGAGUCCACGUCACCAACUUGUCUUCCUCCUGGGCCGAUGGGCUCGCUUUGUGUGCCCUGGUGCACCGGCUGCGGCCCAGCCUGCUGGAGCCUUCGGAGCUGCAGGGCUUGGGCGCCCUGGAGGCGACCGCCCGGGCACUGAAGGUAGCUGAGCACGAGCUGGGCAUCACGCCUGUAGUGUCUGCAUGGGCAGUGGUGGCAGGCAGCGACCCCCUGGGCCUCAUUGCAUACCUCAGCCACUUCCACAGUGCCUUCAAGAACACGCCCGGCAGCCCAGGUCCUGUCAGCCAAUCCUCUCCAGGGACUUCCAGCGCGGUGUUGUUCCUUGGCAAACUCCAGAGGACACUGCAGCGCACCCGGGCCAAGGAGAACCAGGAGGAUGCCGGUGGCAAGAAGCCUCGCUUGGAGGUAGAGGCUAACACCCCAAGUACUGAGGAGCCACCUGCACCGGAGCCCAGUGUACCCCUAGAACCCCCAUCCCAACAGCAGGAGGAACCCGUGCAGGCUGGCGCCAGGGACCUGUGUGCCCUUUGUGGGGAGCACCUCUACAUCCUGGAGCGCUUCUGUGUAGAUGGCCACUUCUUCCACCGGAGCUGCUUCCGCUGCCGUGCCUGUGAGGCCACACUGUGGCCAGGUGGCUACGGGCAGCACCCAGAAGAUGGGCAUUUCUACUGCCUCCAGCACCUGCCCGGGACAGGCCACAAAGAGGAUAUGAUGGAUGGAGGCCGCACUAGCCCUGUAAGGACUGAACUCCCCAUCCCAGAUGAGGACAGUGUGCCACCAGGUGCCUCAAUUCCCACAGCCCUGCAAGAGGAGGCCAGUCCCACCCUGGACCCCAGCCGGCCUGCCCGUCGGCUGAUCCGUCUCUCCAGCCUGGAACGCCAGCGGCUGUCUUCCCUCAACAUUAACCCCAGCCCAGCAACGGAGCCACCACCCAAGCCCCCUCGCAGCUGCUCGGCCUUGGCGCGCCAGGCCCUGGAGAGCAGCUUUGUGGGCUGGGGUGUGCCCGUCCAGAGUCUGCCUGUUCUUGACGCCAUGGAGGAGGAAAAGAGUUCCUCUGAAGAGGAAGAGGACGAUGAGCCUCUGGACUCAGACUUGGAACAGGCCCUGUUGACUAUGGCUAAGAAUGCAGGCACCAUGAACAACUACCCAACAUGGCGCCGGACUCUGCUGCGCCAUGCUAAGGAGGAGGAGAUGAAGAGGUUCCACAAGGCCCAGGCCAUCCAGCGGCGACUACACGAGAUUGAGGCUGCUCUGAGGGAGCUGGAGGCUCAGGGCAUGAAGCUGGAGCUGGCCUUGAGAAGCCAGAGCAGUUCCCCAGAAGAGCAAAAGAAACUCUGGUUAGAACAGCUGCUACACCUGGUCCAGAAGAAAAACAGCCUGGUAGCUGAGGAGGCCGAGCUCAUGAUUACGGUGCAGGAACUUGACCUGGAGGAAAAGCAGUGGCAGCUGGACCACGAGCUGCGAAGCUACAUGAACCGGGAAGAAACACUAAAGACAGCUGCGGAUCGACAGGCUGAAGACCAGAUCCUGAGGAAGCUGGUGGAUGUAGUGAACCAGAGGGAUGCCCUCAUCCGCUUCCGGGAGGAGUGCAGGCUCAGCGAGCUGGCCUCAGGGACAGGGCCCCUGGGCUAGGAGAGCACUGCUUGCCUUCUUCCCGACAAAAUGGGCUCAUGCCAGGACAGUGCCAUCCCGACUCAUUGGGCUGCCUGGAAGGGAGCCUGUUUACAAUAAAAACGCUUCUGCCAGAAA